AUGCCGAGGAGCAAAGUGAAGCUUGAAUACAUAACCGAUGAGUAUGCAAGGAAAACUUCCUUCAUGAAAAGAAAAACUAGUGUGAUGAAGAAGUUGAACGAGCUAUGCACUUUAUGCGGGGUUGACGCAUGUGCUAUCAUGUAUAGCGAAUACGAUCCUGAAGUUGAGGUGUGGCCCAGCAACGUUGGUGCUCAAUUCGUGCUAGAUCAGUUCAUGAUGAUGCCUGAGGUGGAGCAGAGCAAGAAGAUGGUGAACCAGGAUAGCUACAUCAGAAAAAGGAUUAGCAAGGCCAAGGAGCAGCUCGACAAGCAUAUGAAGGAGAACCGGGAGAAGAAGAUUGGCAUAGUGAUCUCAGAAUGCUUGAGUGGAGAAGCAUCUGUGGUUAGCUUGACCCUGAUGGAUUUGAAGGAUAUGGUGUUUUUGAUUGAUCAUUACGUCUCAGAAAUUGAUGCAAGGCUUGAGUUUCUCAAGGGAGGGGGACCACCACCACCACCACAGCUAGUUCAACCACAAGCAAAUGUUGGUGGUAGUAGCACAGAUAACCAUAUGGUGGAAGGAGGAGUGCCUGCAGAUGGCUAUGUACCCGUGGUAGAGAACGCUGGAGCUUUGGAUGGGAUAAUACCAAAUACCGAAUGGUUCACCGACUGGGUGGAUGGUUUGGGUUUUGGUCAGGGGGAUCACAUGACGAGUAAUUCCCCUGCUGCUGACCCCAAUCCUCCAUGGUCGAGUCCUUCUUCAAAAACAAGUUAA